GGAGGGAGUGGGCAUGUCAGUUUCAGCUGAGGGGCCCUGAGCAAGCUGCUGAAUGACUGACUGCUUCUGAGCACCAUGGCUAAGAUUGGGAUCUGGUUGGGCCUCUCCUUUUUGUUGACGCUGUGCGCGGACCGCUCGGACGCCUGGUUCUGGUCCUGGGGUUCCACCACGACCGAAGCCCCCCCGACGCUUCCAGAAGGUUCCGGUGCGUCCCCCUCCAGCGGAGAGGAGCCGGACGAGAACCUGGCCGGCGUGGGAGCUGAGAUCAUCGAUGUGGCCAGCGGGAUUCGCAAGAUUGUGCAAACCUGGGACCAAACCCCAAACACGCUGACCGCUGCACCACCCACCUCUGUGACGAGGCAGCAGGGGGUCCAAACAGGGGGAGCCAAACCGGGUAAUGGCACGCCUGGGGGUCGGGGUGCAGGAGCUGGAGCUGAUAACGUGAGGUCAGGGGAGGAGAGUGGAUCUGGGUCCUCUGUGGGGGACAGCCAGGAGGGCACGACCUCCACCAGUGUCACAGGGCUAGGGGCAAAUAAUGUCAGUGUGCAUGAUGGGAAGCAGGUGGGCGUGGCGAAGGUGGACCUUUCCCAAAACGCUCCAGGCAGCCUUAACGGGACAGCACAGGGGAAUGUUACUAGUCGCGAGGGUAACCGUGCUGACAGCAAGUCAAUCCAGAGCCUUAAUCUCUCUAAACAGGAUGGGAUAGCCCAGAGUAACAGCGGUAGCUCUAGCUGGAAUGCGACUAAUAAAGAGGUGACAGGGUAUUCGCAGGAAUACGCUGUCUCAGGUGAUUUACUAACCUCUACUAAAAGCGACCGAUCUCUGGUAGCCGGGGGGCUGCCCGUGCCGGAGGCCCCUCGCUGCCUGGUCCUAGAUUCCGAUUUGCCCUUUUGCGCCGCUCUGGGCCUGGAGAGCUUCGCGGUGCCCAAUUUCCUCAAUCAGAGCAGCGUGGAGGAGGUGCGGGCGCUCCUGCAGGAGUGGGCGUGGCUGCUGAACUCCCGCUGCCACCACAGCCUGGAGUGGUUUCUCUGCCUGCUGCUGGCGCCCAGGUGCGGCCCGCCGGGCCUGGCCCCACCCCUGCCCUGCCGCAGCUCCUGUGAGGUCCUGGUGGACAGCUGCUGGACGCUCCUCCAGGAGGGCCGCUUCCCUGUGGCGUGCCACUCCCUGCCCGAGGAGGAGGAUGAUGGGUAUCGGUGCAUUUCAGUUAGUAACCAGAAAGAUGAGAGCGGGGUGUCGCUCCUGCAGCUGAUCGGGGACCCGCCUCCGGACGAGAUCACCAAGGUCUACGCCCCGGACAACAGCCCAGGCUAUGUGUUCGGCCCGGACGCCAACACGGGCCAGCUGGCCCGGGCCCACCUGCCCAGCCCCUUCUACCGAGACUUCUCCCUGCUCUUCAACCUGCAGCCGACCUCCCCGAAGGCCGGCGUCAUCUUCUCCAUCACCGACGCCUCCCAGCAGAUCAUGUACGUGGGCGUCAAGCUGUCGGCUGUGCAGGGCGGCACGCAGAGGGUCAUCCUGUACUACACUGAGCCCGACUCGCAGACCUCCUACGAGGCCGCCAGCUUCAGUGUCCCCUCGCUGGUCAACUCCUGGACCCGCUUCUCCAUCGCGGUGGCGGACGACCAGGUCACCUUCUACAUCAACUGCGACUCCGACCCCCAGGUGGUGCGAUUCGAGCGCUCCCCUGACGAGAUGGAGCUGGAGGCCGGUGCCGGUGUCUUUGUGGGCCAGGCCGGAGGCGCAGACCCGGACAAAUUCCUGGGCGUGAUCGGAGAGCUGAAGGUGGUGGGAAACCCACGGGCAGCAGAGCGGCACUGUGAGGAGGACGAGGACGAUUCGGACGCAGCCUCUGGAGACUAUGGAAGUGGCUAUGAGGACCGGAGACGGACAGAGACGACAACGCCACCGUCUCUGCGCCCAAUCCAGCAGCCUCCUGUGACAACAAAACCCGUCUCAUCUCACAGAGACUCAGUUGACGAUUCUCGCCGGUACUUCGUGGAGUCCAGGCCUGUGGUACCAGGACAGCAAGGCACCAAGGGAGAGAAAGGAGACAGAGGAGAGAAGGGCAAUCAGGGGGAGAGGGGUCUUCCCGGGGCCAAGGGAGAUUCUGGGUCUGUCUCCGGAACUGCGUCACGAGGGAGCGCUCGUGGGGAGAAGGGUGCCCCAGGGGAGAAAGGAAUUAAGGGAAGUGCUGGCUUUGGAUAUCCUGGCUCAAAGGGAGACCCCGGUCCCCCCGGGCCACCUGGUCCCCCCGGUCCCCCUGGACCUGCUGCCGAGGUAGUGAAGCGUGGAGAUGGGUCAGUGGUGCAGCAGGUGGUGGGGCCCAGAGGGCCACCUGGGCCACCAGGGUCACCAGGCCCAGCGGGGCCCACAGGGGCCGACGGAGAGCCGGGUGAUCCUGGUGAGGAUGGAGUCGCUGGUGCUGUUGGACCUCCAGGCUUCCCAGGAACCCCAGGAGAUCCUGGUUCCAAAGGAGAGAAGGGUGACCGUGGCGUGGGUCAGCCAGGCCCCAGAGGACCUCCAGGGCCCCCUGGACCCCCAGGGCCCUCUCGAUCAGACAGACCGACGUUUGUGGACAUGGAAGGAUCAGGCUUUCCUGACAUAGAGAGUUUGCGGGGUCCUCCAGGUCUGCCUGGCCUUCCUGGCCCCCCCGGCCCCCCUGGACCCCCCAUCACUGUGGGGGGCCGUGUUGGCUCUGCUACGUUUGGGCCCCCUGGACCCCCUGGGCAGGACGGAGCUCCUGGCCGACCGGGUCCCUCUGGUGUUCCUGGCCCUGUUGGACGUCCAGGACCCCCUGGACCUAUAGGAGAGAAGGGUGAUCCAGGUGAACUGGGCCUUCCUGGAGCAGUGGGAGAGAAGGGUUCUCAGGGUCCCCCCGGCACCCCGGGCCGCCCGGGAGAGAGUGGACUCGCCGGCCUUCCCGGACCGAUGGGGCCUGUCGGGCCUCCAGGGCCACCGGGUCCCCCCGGACCAGGCGUCCGUGUUGGCUUUGAUGACAUGGAGGGCUCUGGAGUGGGACUGUACAAUGGUGUUCCGGGGGUGAGAGGACCGGAGGGCCGGCAGGGUCCUCCAGGCAUUCCAGGACUACCUGGCAAACCUGGUUUCCCAGGGAUACCGGGAGAGAAGGGGAGCGAGGGGCCACAGGGAAGGGAUGGCAGACCAGGAUUAGAUGGCUUUCCAGGACCCCCGGGGGUGAAGGGUGACAGAGGAGAUAGAGGCGAGAGCGGGGAGCCUGGUCAAAAUGGAGUUGGGCUGCCAGGACCCCCUGGUCCACCUGGGCCCCCAGGACAGAUCAUCUACCAAACCUCAGGCAGUUAUGAUGGCACUCAAGGAAGUCCAGGACCUCAGGGUGGACCUGGUAGGCCUGGCCAAGCAGGAUUCCCUGGGCCUAUGGGACCAAAGGGUGACAGGGGAGACCCAGGCCCACCAGGCUAUCCAAUCAAGGGGGAGAAGGGAGAGCCUGGUAUGAUCAUCGGGCCUGAUGGAAACCCUCUGUACCUUGGUGGGUUGGGAGGACCAAAGGGUGAAAGGGGAUCUCCUGGACCCGUCGGGCCUCCCGGACCAUAUGGUCCUGCUGGUUUGAAGGGUGAAAUCGGUUUACCUGGCAGACCAGGUCGUCCAGGUGUGAAUGGGUACAAAGGUGAGAAAGGAGAACCAGGAACAGGCUCUGGCUAUGGUUAUCCCGGUCCCCCGGGACCCCCUGGACCACCAGGGCCACCUGGUCCUGCCAUCUCUCUGGACAGGUUCAACCGAUAUGAAGAUAAUUCACGAGGUUAUCCAAGCGUAAAGGGAGAGAAAGGUGAUCGUGGAGAACCAGGCAUUCCAGGAACAUCAGGUCUGAACUCCAACUUUGACAUUUACACACUCAAGAAUGAGCUGAAAGGGGAGCGCGGAGACUCCGGUCAGAAGGGGGAGAAAGGAGAGCCGAGCGGAGGCUACUACGACCCCCGCUACGGUGGGGUGCAGGGCCCCCCUGGACCCCCGGGAAGUCCAGGACUGCCGGGACCAAAGGGAGACUCUAUUAGAGGACCCCCAGGGCCCCAGGGCCCACCAGGAAACCCAGGGAUUGGUUAUGAUGGACGCCCAGGAAGUCCAGGCCAACCUGGCCCCCCUGGCCCACCAGGGCCACCAGGAUCCCCCUCACUGCCUGGGGCCUACAGACCAACCCACCCUGUCAGUAUUCCAGGGCCACCUGGUCCUCCCGGCCCUCCUGGAGCUCCAGGACAGUCCUCUGGGGUGACGAUGCUGAGGUCCUAUGACACCAUGCUCGCCACCGCACGCCGUCAGACCGAAGGCACCCUGAUAUUCGUUGUGGACAAAGCAGACCUCUACAUCAGAGUCAGGGACGGCUUCCGGCAAGUCCUGCUUGGGGAUUAUAAGACUCUCUCCAGAGAUCUGGAGAACGAAGUGGCAGCGGUCCAGCCUCCACCAGUCAUUCACUACUCCCAGGACCACUCCUCCAAUGGGGCAGAGCAUCUCGCGCAGGGCGGCGACGUGAGCCAGCCCCUGGAGCCCCCACCACCUCAGCCGGAGAACCCCCGGAGGGAGCCCCCGCGGCCGGAGAACCCCAACCCCCUGCACCUGAUCGCCCUGAACGCGCCGCAGGUGGGCAACAUGCGCGGCAUCAGGGGGGCGGAUUACCUGUGCUUCCAGCAGGCCCGCGCUGUGGGCCUCAAGGGCACCUUCCGCGCCUUCCUGUCCUCCAAGCUGCAGGACCUGUACAGCAUCGUGCGCAGGUCCGACAGAGACAGCCUGCCCAUCGUCAACCUCAAAGACCAAGUGCUGUUCAGCAGCUGGGAGUCCCUCUUCAGCGACUCUGAGGGCAAGAUGAAGGACAACGCGCCCAUCUACUCUUUCGAUGGCAGGGAUGUCCUCAGAGACAGCACAUGGCCGCAGAAGAUGGUGUGGCACGGCUCGAGCACCAAGGGCCACCGACAGACGGAUAACUACUGCGAGACCUGGCGUAUGGACGACCGGGUGCUGACCGGCAUGGCGUCCUCUCUGCAGGACGGCCAGCUCCUCCAGCAGACCCCCAGAAGCUGCUCCAGCUCCUACAUAGUGCUGUGCAUUGAGAACAGCUACAUCGCACAGUCCAAAAAAUAAGCCACACCCCUCGCUCCUCUUUGUGAGCCUAUCACAGCUGUGCAAGCAGGGCUCCUCUUCCAUAACCCCGCCCACCGUCUCACUCUCACACUCACUCCUUUCGGCCUGGCUCUGCAGCUCCUGCCCCGCAGAGAAGUUGCCUUUUUUUUUUCUCUUCUCCCCCCUCCGUAAUGCCAAAGAGAUGGAUCUAACAAAAAGGCGUUUGCUCUGUCUUGGGGCGUUGGCACAUAUUUCUCAAGGGGUUGAACCAGAGAAGAAAAGCUAACCUGGCGGUGUUUUUAAAUUGUAUCCGGUUAAAAAUUUUGUAUAUGAAAUGGUUGUUUGUUUUAUUUUUGUUA